AUGGCGAUGGUCAAGCGGAGUGUCCAGAACGCCUUCUGCCAGUCAGACAAGCUUCGUCGACCCAAGGGCCCAUUGUGGGCCGAGCCCUGUGAAGGACUUCAUCUGCUUCGUGGAGCUCUCAUCUCCAUUGAGGUGCCGGUGUACGGCCUCGACGACGCGCCAGGUGCAUGGCGCGAGACGGUCGUUCGAUUCUUGUCCGACCACGGGUUCACUCCCAACGUGAUAGAACCAUGUUGGUGGGUCCGCUUUGGGAAGGACGGCACCAACGAUAGAAAACAGAUCCGCAACCUGUUCCAGGAGCAUUUCCACUUUGGGAAAUGGGACAACGAUGAGGCGGAGUACGCUGGUCGAAUGAUCAGAGUGAAAGAAGACCGCAUCCUGGUGGAUCAGGAGAAAUAUCUUCGAGAGCAGCUCCGCCCCAUCGCUCUGGUAAAGGGGAAAAGGGCCGACAAGGAUUCGCCCUUAACCGAGGAGGAGUUCCAAGCCUUCUGCGCGGCUAUCUACAAGAUCAACUGGGUAGCCAAAGAAUCCCGUCCAGAGAUGAGCGGACUGGCGAGCAUCAUGGCUUCCAAUUUGAAGCAAGCGACCGUGGAGGACGCUCCGAUCGUGAACAAGAACAUCAAUCACUUGAGCAACACUGCCUCCCGUCCCCUUACCGUUUUGAAGAUGUCACCCAAGGACCUCUCGUUCGUCGUCAUCUCAGACGUGGGCGGGGUCGGGGCAAAGCACGACCGCCUGGACGAGCUGAAUCUGCCCACGGACAGUCGUGCUUGCCUCCGACGGUCUGCCACUCGCAGCAAGUUGCGCCGCAAGGUCUUCAGCUUUUUUGGAGGCGGAGUUAUGCUUCAGGUCAUCACCGAAGUAGACUGGCUCCAAAUAAUGGUCAGAGGCGCUACUCGUCACGACGUCGAUUUGCGACAGUGGAGGAAUUCGCUGUCGGGUCACAUGCUUUGUGACCUUCGAGCCCGGAGCGACCAAUGCCUGGUCACGGACGCAAAGUCGCUGUACGACGCAUUGCUGAAAGAACACCCGCAGGGGAAGCAGGACAGGCGUAGCUCCGUGGAAUUGGCCAUCAUCGUGAAAGACCUCCAAGAGACGAGAUCUACAUUGCGAUGGGUGCCCCACCACAACAUGAUAGUGAAUGCAUUGACAAAAGCGGACCCGCUUAGAGCAAGCGGGGCUACUGAGCACUACUUGAGAACGGGAUGGCUUAGUGUAGUAGACGUAGCCGCUGAGCUGUCGGCUGGGCAGGGGACUUGA